AUGGCUGAUCAUGUCUCGGAUGAAAUGCCUACAAAGUGCCCCCACUGUACCUCUUCAGAGGAACAUCGGCUUUGCCUGUGCUCAGCCGUCAACUCUCCGGUUCUGGUGGUGGAAAUGUCACAGACAUCGAGUAUUGGUAGUGCAGACAGUUUUGCUUCACAGGAGAAGAAAAAAGAAAAAAAUGCCAGCAGAGAACCUUCCACGAAAGAUCUGUCCACAAGAACAAACGUGGAGAGAAAAGCCUCUCAGCAACAGUGGGGCCGGGGCACUGCCACAGAGGGAAAAGUCCCGCACAUAAGGAUGGAAAACGGAGCCGACAUCGAGGAAUUCUAUACCUUCGGAAGAAUAUUGGGACAGGGAAGCUUUGGAAUGGUCACUGAAGUUACAGACAAAGAAACAGGAGCUAAGUGGGCAAUUAAAAAAGUGAAUAAAGAGAAGGCUGGAAGCUCAGCGGUGAAGUUACUUGAGCGGGAGGUGAACAUCCUAAAGAGUGUCAAACACAAACACAUCAUCCAUCUGGAGCAAGUGUUUGAGACGCCUAAGCAAAUGUACCUGGUGAUGGAGCUUUGUGAGGAUGGAGAGCUCAAAGGAGUUCUGGAUAAAAAGGGGCACUUCUCAGAGAACGAGACAAGGUUGAUAAUUCAAAGUCUUGCAUCAGCCAUCGCGUAUCUUCAUAACAAAGAUAUAGUGCACAGAGAUCUGAAGCUGGAGAACAUAAUGGUUAAAAGCAGCUUUACGGAUGAUAACAAUGAAAUGAACCUGAACAUAAAGGUGACUGAUUUUGGCCUGGCAGUCAAGAAGCAUGGCUCCAGGAGUGAAGGCAUGAUGCAGACCACGUGCGGCACUCCUAUUUAUAUGGCACCAGAGGUUAUCAAUGCCCAUGAGUACAGCCAGCAGUGCGACAUUUGGAGCAUAGGCGUCAUAAUGUACCUUUU